UAUUCUCUUUCUCUCAUCCCAUCCCUCUUUCCGCGGCGCUCUGUCCCAGCUAACUGCACGGUGGGGAUGGGUUCAGACAGUGCCAGAAGGACCUGGGAAAAAAAUCACCAAGAGGAAAGCACCGUCUCCUUCAAGCCUUCAUCUCCUCUCACACAAAUGCAGUUUCCCAGCCUCAGCUCUUCGGUGGCUGCUCACAGGAACACAUAGACCCUACAGAGGGUGCUUGGGAGAGAUUUUUUCUGUCUUUGUGCUUUAGAAGGAUUCUGUUUGGUCUUUAUUGACUGGGAGACACUUCACUUUAUGAAAGGAUAUCUCACUUGAGCUUUGCGUCAUGGCACACGCAGCAUCCCAGAUAAAGAAAAGAGCGGAUUUGGAACUUACAGCUGCUGAGGAAGAAAGAGAGAAAGAGAGGAAGAAAAAGCCCAGGAAACGGUCCAGGGAGCCAAAGAAAAAGACUGACAGUAAUGCCAGUUACCUCAGAGCAGCCCGAGCUGGAAACCUCGAGAAAGCCCUCGAUUAUAUCAAGUCUGGUGUGGACAUCAACAUCUGCAACCAGAAUGGGUUGAACGCUCUUCACCUAGCAGCUAAAGAAGGCCACGUGGAGGUUGUGGCUGAGCUUAUUAAACUUGGUGCCACUGUUGAUGCUGCAACAAAGAAAGGAAACACUGCUCUGCACAUAGCAUCGCUCGCUGGACAGGCAGAUGUCGUCAAGGUACUUGUGAAUAAUGGAGCGAUUAUCAACGCCCAGUCUCAGAAUGGCUUCACGCCACUUUACAUGGCUGCCCAGGAAAACCACCUGGAGGUCAUCAAAUUCCUCCUGGAUAAUGGAUCAAGUCAGAGCAUUGCCACAGAGGAUGGUUUUACUCCUCUGGCCGUAGCUCUUCAGCAGGGUCAUGAUCAGGUGGUGUCUUUGCUCCUGGAGAACGACACCAAGGGGAAGGUACGGCUGCCGGCCCUGCACAUUGCCGCUCGUAAGGACGAUACUAAAGCAGCGGCGCUGCUUCUGCAGAGCGACAACAAUGCAGAUGUCGAAUCCAAGAUGAUGGUGAAUAGAACAACAGAGAGUGGCUUCACCCCUCUCCACAUAGCCGCCCAUUAUGGUAACAUCAACGUAGCGACCCUGCUCCUGAACCGCGGGGCUGCCGUAGACUUCAAAGCGAGGAAUGACAUCACGCCUCUCCAUGUGGCAUCGAAAAGAGGAAAUGCCAACAUGGUCAGGCUGCUGCUGGAGAGAGGAGCUCGAAUUGACGCCAGAACCAAGGACGGCCUGACACCUAUACACUGUGGAGCGAGGAGCGGCCAUGAGCAAGUAGUUGAGUUGUUACUAGAUCGAGGAGCACCCAUCCUCUCUAAGACCAAGAAUGGCCUUUCACCAUUGCACAUGGCCACGCAAGGAGAUCAUCUGAACUGCGUUCAGCUCUUGCUUCAUCAUGAAGUGCCUGUGGACGACGUCACCAACGAUUACCUGACCGCCCUGCAUGUCGCUGCACACUGCGGACAUUACAAAGUUGCCAGUGUGCUUGUGGACAAGAAGGCCAAUCCUAACGCCAAAGCACUGAAUGGUUUUACACCACUUCAUAUCGCUUGCAAGAAGAACAGGAUUAAAGUGAUGGAGCUGCUUCUGAAACACGGAGCGUCCAUUCAGGCUGUGACUGAGUCUGGACUCACGCCGAUUCAUGUGGCUGCUUUUAUGGGCCAUGAAAACAUUGUGACUCAGCUGACAAAUCACGGAGCAUCUUCUAACACGAUGAAUGUGAGGGGAGAGACAGCACUCCAUAUGGCUGCCAGGGCAGGACAGGCAAACGUGGUGAAAUUUCUGGUGGCGAAUGGAGCAGAUGUGGACGCCAAAGCCAAGGAUGAUCAUACUCCACUGCAUAUAUCCAGUCGUCUGGGCAAACCUGACAUAAUCCAGCAGUUGUUGCAACACGGGGCUUCACCUGAUGCCACCACCACCUCCGGAUACACGCCACUCCACCUGGCCGCUCGCGAAGGCCACAAAGAUGUGGCAUCCAUCCUGCUGGACAAUGGAGCAUCUCUUGGCAUCACCACCAAGAAAGGAUUCACUCCCUUGCAUGUUGCAGCCAAAUACGGGAAAAUUGAAGUUGCUAACUUACUUCUACAGAAGCAAGCGCCACCUGACGCAGCUGGAAAGAGUGGACUAACACCACUGCAUGUUGCUGCACACUACGAUAACCAGAAAGUGGCCCUCCUUCUGUUGGACCAAGGAGCAUCUCCGCACGCUGCAGCGAAGAAUGGCUAUACACCACUGCAUAUAGCUGCCAAGAAGAACCAGAUGGAGAUAGCGACCACACUGCUCGAGUACGGAGCUGAUACCAAUGCCACGACACGCCAGGGCAUCAGUCCACUCCACCUGGCAGCCCAGGAGGGCAACGUUGACAUGGUCACGCUCCUUCUCGCCCGUGAAACUGAAAUCAAUCUGGGAAACAAGAGUGGACUGACCCCUCUUCAUCUGGCGGCUCAAGAGGAUAAAGUCAAUGUAUCAGAAGUGCUGAUUAAUCAUGGUGCCACAGUGGACCCAGAGACUAAGAUGGGAUAUACGCCCCUGCAUGUGUCCUGUCACUAUGGCAAUAUAAAGAUGGUGCACUUCCUCCUGGAGAACCAGGCUAAAGUCAAUGCCAAAACCAAGAAUGGAUACACACCUCUUCACCAGGCAGCUCAGCAGGGUCACACACACAUCAUUAACCUUCUGCUGCAGCACGGAGCCUCUCCUAAUGAGCUGACAGUGAAUGGAAACACUGCCUUAGCUAUUGCCAGGCGCCUGGGUUACAUCUCUGUGGUCGACACACUCAAAGUCGUGACAGAGGAGACGCACACUACUGUGACGGUGACAGAGAAACACAAAAUGAAUGUUCCAGAAACAAUGAAUGAGUUUUUGGACAUGUCAGAUGAUGAAGUUCAUACAGCCAAUGUGCCUGAAAUGGUCAGUGAGGACUAUAUUUCAGAUGUUGACGAAGGUGAGGAUGCGAUGACAGGAGACACGGACAAGUACUUGGGACCGCAAGACCUGCGCGAGCUUGGAGACGACUCCCUCCCUCAGGAAGGAUACGUGGGAUUCAGUGUUGGAGCCCGUACGGCCAGCCUGCGCUCCUUCAGUUCGGAUAGGUCCAAUACACUCAACCGAAGCUCCUUCACCCGUGACAGCAUGAUGAUCGAAGAGAUCCUGGCACCAAAUAAAGACACGCACCUGGCUUUAGCAAAAGAUUACAACGCAGACUCAAUGAGACGUUAUAGCUGGACGCCGGACACUCUGGACAAUGUGAACCUGGUCUCCAGCCCCGUCCAUUCAGGCCUUUCUCCCUCACUGCUUCAGUACGACAUCAGGUUUUUGGUGAGCUUCAUGGUGGAUGCCCGCGGCGGUUCCAUGCGAGGAAGUCGUCACAAUGGUAUGCGCAUCAUCAUCCCACCCCGCAAGUGUACUGCGCCAACACGUAUCACUUGCCGUCUGGUCAAGAGACACAAGCUGGCAUCCCUGCCGCCCAUGGUGGAGGGAGAGGGGCUGGCGAGCCGGCUGGUGGAGGUGGGCCCAGCGGGGGCUCAGUUUCUGGGCCCUGUGAUUGUGGAGAUCCCUCAUUUUGGGUCCAUGAGGGGGAAAGAGCGAGAGCUCAUUAUGCUCAGGAGCGAAAACGGUGAGACCUGGAAAGAGCAUCAUUAUGACUGCAAAUCUGAAGACCUCUAUGAGCUGCUCAAUGGCAUGGAUGAAGAGCUUGAGAGCACAGCAGAUCUGGAAAAGAAGCGUAUCUGCCGUAUCAUCACAAAGGACUUCCCACAAUACUUUGCAGUGGUAUCCCGGAUCAAGCAGGAGAGUAAUCAGAUGGGUCCAGAGGGAGGAGUACUGUCCAGCCUGACAGUUCCUCUGGUACAGGCUUCCUUCCCUGAGGGUGCGCUCACUAAGAAGAUCAGAGUUGGACUGCAGUCCCAGCCUGUUCCGGAUGAAACUGUGAAGAAGCUCAUAGGAAAUCGUGCCACCUUCAGUCCCAUAGUGACAGUGGAGCCUCGCAGGAGGAAGUUCCAUAAGCCCAUUACCAUGACCAUACCCAUGCCUCCGCUCUCUGGAGAUGGUGUGGUGAAUGGUUACAAGGGAGACCCGACGCCAAGCCUGCGCCUGCUCUGUAGUAUAACUGGUGGCACAUCACCAGCUCAGUGGGAGGACAUCACUGGCACUACACCUCUCACUUUUUUGAAAGACUGUGUUUCCUUCACAACAAACGUUUCUGCCAGGUUUUGGCUUGCAGACUGCCAUCAGAUCCCAGAGGCUGUAGGUUUGGCCACCCAGCUCUACAGGGAGCUCAUCUGUGUGCCCUACAUGGCCAAGUUUGUAGUGUUUGCUAAAAUGAAUGACCCUGUGGAGUCCAGCCUGCGGUGCUUCUGUAUGACAGACGAUAAAGUGGACAAAACCCUGGAACAGCAGGAGAACUUUGAGGAGGUGGCCAGAAGCAAAGACAUUGAGGUGCUGGAGGGGAAGCCCAUCUAUGUGGACUGCUAUGGCAAUUUGGCCCCUCUUACCAAAAGCGGACAGCAUCUGGUUUUUAACUUCUAUGCUUUCAAAGAAAACAGACUCCCGUUCUGUGUGAAGGUCAGAGACAGCAGCCAAGAUCCAUGUGGACGCGUGUCCUUCCUCACAGAGCCCAAAACUUCCAAGGGUCUGGUUCAGACUGCUAUCUGCAAUUUAAACAUCACAUUGCCAGGACUCAAGAAGGAUGUGGAUUCAGAUCCUGAGGAAGAGAGUGAAAAGCCAGAACGACGUCAUACCUUUGCAUCUCUAGCCUUACGUAAGCGCUACAGCUAUCUGACCGAGCCUGGAACGAAAACAGUCGAACGAAGUACAACAAGAACACUGCCUGCUGGUUACCCUCACAAACCUGUCUUUUCAACAAGAUCUUACCAGGCAUGGUCGACUGCUCCUAUUACCAUCCCUGGGCAAACAAAAUGUGGACUGGGUUCCAUCUCCAGUUCACCUUCCAACACGCCGUCUGCUUCGCCACUAAAGUCUGUGUGGUCCAUUUCCUCUGUGUCUCCAAUAAAGUCCACCCUUGAAACAUCAAAUGCUUCUCCUGCAAUAUCAGUUAGCGAUAUAACAUCACCCAUUAGAUCAUACAGAUCUAUGUCAUCUCCAAUAAAGACUGUGGUUCAACAACCCCAAAACCAAGUUCAAAUUUCCACCAGUCUCUUAUCUUCGCCGGGUAAAAUUGGCACAGAUCCGGUGUCCAUUAAGGGGCUUGCUGCUUCAUUGUCCUCAAGAGCUAACUUGACUUCAUCACCUGGAUCCAUGCUAGACAGAACUUUCUCCACAGUGACCCAAGCUGAUUCUAUAAAGUCAACAACAAAUACAUACACGUCUUUAUCAUUCAAAUCCACACUGGCUCCCACAAGUAUAGCAGUGUCCUCUCCAAUUCGAAACAUUACAAGCUUGUCCUCUAUUAAAACGACCACAGAUACAGCUAGGGGUACAAUUCUGUCAUCGCUUUCUUCAUCAGCUAAGCCUACAGUAUCCAGUACUGAAACAUUCCUGUUAAAUGGAUCCAUUUCACCAGUGAAAUACCCCUCAUCCUCCUCUGCAUCUUCCCGUCUGUUUACAGGAGGGGCUUACAGCUUACACGAACGGAUACAGGCCACAACGCAAGCAGCUACGGCCAGUGUUGGUGCAGCCUUCAGUGAGGCUGAGAAAUCACUUACUGCUGGCUCAAUGUCAAGCUAUAGUGCGCUAAAAUCUGUAUCUUCACCUUUAAGAUCAAAUUUAUCAAGUUCUGUUUAUGAUACCCUUAGAGCACCUGCCACUACCACCACAUCAGUAUCGUCUAGUUCCAUGUCUGUUCCAGUAUUCUCCGUGAUCAAUGUGGUUCCUGAACCACAGGGGAAGAAACUCCCAGAAAAAAUAACAAUCACACCUCAGCCACACACCCAAACACAGUCCUCUACAUCACGGAUUAAACCCUCAAAGCCCUCACUUUUUAUUUCCCCAACAGUCCUCAAAGCAGCUGCCGCACCCACAUUGACAUCCAGUCAAGAGAUUCUUAAGGAUGUGGCAGAUAUGAAGGAAGAUCUGAUAAGAAUGACUGCAAUCUUACAAACUGACUCCUCGGCCGCAGCCAAAGGUUUCCACACACAUGUUUCUAAAGAGUCCAAAAUGGAGGAUGAAGAGCCUUUCGGUUUGGUUGAGAAAGUUAAAGAGGACCUUGUCAAAGUUAGUGAUAUUCUCACAAAAGAUGUCCUGAGUGAGGCCAAAAGCUCAAGUAAAGACAGGGCCUCAGAUGAUGAAUGGGAAGAGUUCUCCAAAGAUGAAAUUGAGGAGGCACGACAAAGUGCCCUGCAAUCCAUGCCAACAUUUGAACCAACCUUUGCCUUUGGACCACAGUCAGUGCCGGACAAAGAUCUCAAUCUAGCUAAAGUGGUGGAUUACUUAACAAAUGAUCUUGGUGCCAGUUCCCUUUCAAAAAUAGCUGAUGUAAAGAGCAGAUAUGAUGAAAUAAAGAAGGAAGGGGAGGAAAAACAGAAGCGUACCAUGAAACCAGAGCACAAACUCAAAAUGCCACCCACAGGUAUGCGGACCUCUCCAUCAGAGAAAGACUUGAGUAAAUUAGCAGACUCCUUUAGUGGCACAGAUGCUAUCCUGGAAUCUCCUGAUGACUUUUCCCAUGAACAAGAUAAGAGUCCCCUCUCAGAUAGUGGUUUUGAAACCAGAAGUGAAAAGACCCCAUCAGCUCCUCAAAGUGCAGAGAGCACAGGGCCAAACCCCCCCUUUACAGAUGUGCCUAUUCCCCCUGUCAUAACAGAAACAAGAACUGAGGUUCUUCACGUUAUCAGGAGCUAUGAACAUCCUGAUGAGGUCUGUGAGCCAGUAAUGGAUGAAGCAGCAGCUUUGAAGCCUCCAGUUGAGCCUGAGCCAGCACUUAGCUCGAUCAAAAAUAAGGUAAAGGCCUUGCAAAUGAAAGUCAGCUCGGAGGAACUGGCAUGCGUCAAAGAAAAAACUCAUAUCACCACUACAACGCGAAUGGUCUACCACAAACCUCAACUGAAAGAAGCUGGCUCUGACAAGAUUGAAGAAACAAUGUCAGUCCAAGAGAUAAUGAAAGCUUUUCAGUCUGGAAGAGACCCUUCCAAAGAAUUAGCCAAUUUAUUUGAGCACAAAGCUAGCCAAGAUGCCAUCAAAGGAGAUGAAUUGUCCCCACGGUUCCUCGAAAAGGACAAAAAAACCCAAGUUGAAAGAAUUAUUGAGGUGCACAUAGAAAAGGGCAACGCAAUUGACCCAACAGAAGUUAUAAUAAGAGAGACUAAAAGGCAUCCAGAGUUUAUUUGCAAGAGUGACCGAGGUCUCAAGGAACUUGUUGAAAGGGUUGAUGGUGAUUAUGAGGUUCUUCAAGAUGAGGAGGAACUUACAGCUGAGGAAUCAGUGCCAUUCUUCUUAAACACGUCCAGAGUCAAUACCCCUGUUUCUCAAGAGGGAGAGUCUCAUCCCAGUUCAUCUCAGCUUUCUGCAGAUGAGUCAUAUAAAGCUUUUAAACUUCUAAGCCAGCAUUCAAUUGAGUAUCAUGAUGACGAGCUAUCAGAGAUGAGAGGGGAGUCAUACAGGUUUGCUGAGAAAAUGUUGCUCUCAGAAAAAUUAGACGUAUCACAUUCUGAUACUGAGGACUCAGUGGCAGACCAGGCAAAUAGCUUAGCCACUGAGUUACAAGGGGCAGAAGGCAUAUAUGGAGAAACAGUAGUAGGCCCCAGGAAGGAGUCCAAAUUAAAGUCAGCAAGGAAUGCAUCAGACAAAUCAGGUAAAUAUCCCCCACAAGAUGAGCAAUAUGACAAAGUUACAGUAUUACAUUAUACCACAGAACCCGGUAGCCCUAAACAUGCAGUCUGGAUGAGAUUCACCCAGGAUAGGCAGGACAGGAAUAGAGAGAAACUCAUAUAUGAAGAUAGAGUAGAUCGGACCAUUAAAGAGGCAGAGGAGAAACUGAGUGAGGUUUCCCAGUUUUUUAGGGACAAAACUGAACAGUUAAAUGAUGAGCUCAAGUCCCCUGAGAAAAAGAAACCAACAAGAUCAUCACGGGAGACAUGGUCAGGGCCAAGCUCAACGUGCAGCAGCCCUGAGAAAAGGCAAAAGAGUGCAGCUGAGGAAUGGGACAAAGGCAGACAGAAGAUGUUUGGCUGUACAAAUGAAAGGAAAAGUGCAAGUAUGCCAAACAGUCCUGAGAGGCAUGUGUUGUCACAUGUCUGUGAGGACAAGCCACAACAACACCAAGAUCCUAAGCAGGCAAAGACAGGUGAUGCAAGCCCCCCAGUGCCAGUUAAGACUUCUAGAGUAAGUUCUGUUCGACAAAAGUUUGAAAUAGAAGCACAGAAACAGGAUCAUAAUGUGCCUCUAACACAUUCAAAACAACCAGUUAAAAAACUACCAGAAAGUAAAUUACCAGUAUAUCAGAUUUUUGCUGGUUCAAAACCCUCCAAAGCCGAUUCCACAGAUGAAGCACUCCCACUUUCUAGAAAACUAACAGAAACUGAUAAAAGUUCCAGUAUCAGUAGUACUAUUGUCUCAAAGCAACUGGGUGAAAAAUAUUUACCUGAAAAAUCUAGCACAUCAGAUACUGCUGUAAAAAGAGCCUCACUUUAUGAGAAAGAUCAAGAGUUUGAUAAAACGCAAGUGAGCUCUCAAAAUUUGAAAGAUGGAAAUAUUGCAGACAGGAAUAGUGCAAUUAAUGAUAUCAAAGAGCAGCAGUAUUUAAAAAGUGACAUUAAAAAUGACACAGUUAAAACAGCUACCUCAUCUAAGGAUAAUAUCACUAGGAAUGACUUUCAGAUAAAGACCCUUAAGAAAAAGACAGAAUCUCACAUUCCUGUGAGAACAUCCCCUGGUUCCCCAGACAAUAAUCAGUCAAAGAGGGCAAAUCAAGACACAUUAACUAAAUUAUCUGAAAAAAGCCCAUCGCACAUCCCUACCUUGACCAAACCAAGGGUUCAUGGGCGUUCAGAGUUACAGAGAGAGGAAGGUGCAACAAAGAACUCUGAAGAAGUAUCUGCUGAAAGUAGAACAACAAGUGGUCUAAGUGACACUAGUUCAGUCGAAAAAAUAUCCACUGUUACAACAAGAGAAAGUUUCAAAGGGCUUAAAACUUUACCAGUCUAUGUAAGUGUUCAAGUGGGGAAACAGUCUGACAAAGAUAUGGGAGGAACCAAUGGGACAUUAAAAAAGAUGGCUAGCUCAGAAAGUCGAACAAUUUAUGCAGUUAAACAGAAACAGCCUGCAUCUCCUCAAGGCAGCCCAGAUGAUGACACUUUAGAACAGCUCUCUUUUAUCGAUAGCUCUGGCAAAAGUCCUAUGACUCCAGAGACACCAAGCUCAGAAGAGGUCAGCUAUGAUCUCACCUCAAGAACCCCUGAUCCAUUUAUUGCAUUUAUGCCAGGUAUUGCAAGCCCAAUAGCUGAGGUUUCAGAGGAGUCAGAAGAUAGUGAACAAGAUAAAGCGAUUCUUUUGAAAGAAUCUGGACAGGAAAAUAGGGCCAAUGGUGAACACAAAACUGGCCAGGAGACAAAAGACAAAAGAGUUGCAUAUAUAGAGUUCCCUCCUCCACCUCCCUUGGAUUCUGAUUCCUCACAGCCGGAGAAAAAAGGGUCGACUCCUUCCUCAGAGGCUGAGACUGAAUUGAUGGAAGUAAAUCUCCAAGAGGCGCAUGAUAAACAUCUUCUUACCGAACCUAUAAUUAGAGUCCAGCCUCCAUCUCCUGUGCCCCCAGGAGCUAAUGAUAGCGAUUCAAGUGAGGAGGAAUCUGUCUUCAAACCUAUUCCAAUAAAGAAAUAUACUUUUAAGAUUGAUGAGGACAUAGAUUUGAAGAAAAGCCCAUCAAAAAAACCUGACAAGAAUGAGAAUGAUAAAGACCCAGAGCCAAAUGGUAAUGGAAAAGCAGAUGAUUAUGAUUAUGAACAAAAUGGCAAUGAUCAGUCCAUAACAGAUUGCUCAUUAGCGACAACUGCAGAGUUCUCUCAUGACACUGAUGCCACUGAGAUUGACUCUCUGGAUGGAUAUGAACUUCAAGAUGAGGAUGACGGCUUAAGUGAACCUACUGCCAAACCAUUUGGAUUUCCCAAUGAAAACAGAAAGGAUGUUUGGGCAUCGGAUAAUAUGUCUAGACCAAGUGACCGUUGCCAAAGUAAACUUGAAGUAAUUCAUGAAGAAUUGCCAACUGAGGAUUGUAAAAAGACCAAAGCUAAGACUGAUUCCUCAAACCAAAAGUAUGGAGAGGACAAUGAAAAGGAUGGAAAACAAUCUGAUCAAAGAUUGUCAGAGACUUACUUUAGUUACAAGCUAGAUGAGGAGUUUAAUACUCCUUUUAAAACUGUUGCAACAAAAGGCUUUGAUCCUUGGUCAAGCAAGGGAGGAGAAGAUGAAGUAGUGGACGCUAGAAUUAAAGAUGAUGAGCCCAAGCCAUUUGGGCUAGCAGUAGAUGACAAGUCUACAGCAACAACCCCUGACACAACUCCUGCAAGAACCCCGACUGAUGAAAGCACACCAACUAGCGAGCCAAACCCUUUCCCCUUCCACGAAGGGAAGAUGUUUGAGAUGACCCGCAGUGGUGCGAUUGACAUGAGCAAGCGGGAUUGUGUUGAAGAGAGGCUGCAAUUUUUUCAGAUCGGCCCUCAGAGCCCCUGUGAAAGAACUGAUGUGCGUAUGGCUAUUGUGGCGGAUCAUCUUGGCCUGAGUUGGACUGAGCUGGCCAGGGAAAUGGAAUUUUCGGUUGAUGAGAUAAAUCAGAUCCGUGUGGAAGACCCAAACUCACUGACAGCUCAGAGUUUCAUGCUUUUAAAGAAAUGGGUUAGCCGAGAUGGUAAAAACGCUACAACGGAUGCCUUAUCCGCAGUCCUGACUAAGAUCAAUCGGUUGGAUAUUGUGACAUUGCUGGAAGGGCCGAUAUUUGACUAUGGUAACAUUUCAGGCACAAGAUGUUUUGCAGAUGAUAGCGCAGUUUCCCAGGAGCAGGCUGAUGGUUACCACAGCAUUGAGCUGGAGCUCAAGAGUCCCUCAGAGCUGGCCUAUGAACCCCCUACCCCACUGCGCCAGGAUGAUUUCUUUGGCGAGGACAGUAGGCAAAAUUUCCCCUUUAGUGCCCCUGUUAGACCCAGUGAACUGUCCUUGCCAACCACUAGUGGCCCAGUGUCUGCAGAGACCAAGCCACCUACUGUCAUGGCUGAGGACACCUUUAUUGAAGGCCGAGAUUCUGUUGGCCAAGAGGAUUGGUCAGCUGAAAAUGACUUUGGUGUCAGCAAAGAAAUACCAGUGACCUCGGAACAGCAUGACGGUGAGGGAACCUCAAACGAAUCAGAUGUCUUCCCAAAAAGUCCAGUAAAAGAGCAGAUGGAAGUCCAACCUAAGCUUCCCGUCUGUGUCUCAGCCAACGAAGCUCCUGGAGAGAAUGGCAAGUCUGGGUUUGAUGAAGAAGAUGAAGAGAUGACCCAAGAGACAAUAAAGUCUCUCUUGGAGAACAUUAAGUUGGAGGAAGGCUCAGAGGAGGAGGAGAUGACUGAGGAGAGGUUGCAAGAGAUCCUCUGUGAAGUGCAGCAGGCAGACAAAGACGUGUCUUCCAUUUCAGGUCUGCGAAGUGAGACAUCAGGUGCAAAUGGGAAGAUGGCAACUUCUGAACACAGACUGGAUUCUGGCCAGGAACUAAUGUCCUCUACACCAGGAGUGGAAACUGAGAGGCAAAAUGGGGAAUAUCAAAAGCUCCAAGCCCAAGCUCGUUUGUCACCAGACGCCAAUGAUUCUUCCAGCAAAACAAAUGGUAAAGCUGGGAAAGACUCUGGACAAGAAGUAAGCAGUGAGGCUGUAGAGGACAGAGGACCAAACAACAGGGAGGAGGACAUUUCCGAGCCUAUAGUCCAGCAGGAAGUUCGUAGAGAUAAUGAAUCCAGCUCUGAUGAGGAAGAAACUGUCACCACCAGAGUAUAUCGGCGGAGAGUGAUUCUGAAGGGUGAUCAGGCCAGAAACAUCCCUGUUGAGACUGUGACAGAGGAGCAGUACACAGAUGAAGAUGGAAACUUAGUCACCAGAAAAGUCAUCCGGAAAGUGGUGCGUCGCACAGCUUAUGUGGAAGAUAAAGGCAGGAGAAAGCGUGGGAAGCAUACCCGGCAGGCCAAUAGGGCCGAGCAGGAGGAAGAGGGGGGCCCCGGGCCCCUCAGAGAGCACACUGAGGCUGGAGAAGAAGAGAAGGGCAUAAAGAAGGAAGAAAGACAAAGGGAAAAAAUGGGUCAAUCAUAACAUGCUCUUUUGGAUCUGAAAGUGUUUCAGAAACAUUUUCCCACGAGGAGGAUCACCGGGGAUGUGCGGGAGGUCAGGGGAUGAGGAUCAUGUGUCUGCAGCUUUCAUACAACAAAUGGUUUUCAGCCAGACAACUUUUGAUUUAGCAUGAGCAUGAAAAAAAUUGUUUCUGUCAAUAACACGGAACCGCUAAUGAUUGAGAGGACGUUUCAGUCGACUGGAGUGUCCGAUUCGAGGUGCUCCGCGGCAGCGCCUAAGCACUUCCGUGACCAAAGAGGCCACAUACUGCAGAUUGACAGAAAUGGAGGGAAUCGUUCAAAUCACCUUUUUCACUCGCCUUACAUUUUUUUUCCUCUCUGACACGUAAUGUCGGGGUGUAUAAUACUGUUGGAGCUUAUGAUGUACAUAACUUACACUGUAUAAAUUUGAAAGUGGCUCACAAAAUGAUUAAUGCACUGGCAAGUGUGUAGGAAUGAACUACCAAUUCUGAUUCCAAUUUUAAGGGAACGCACUUCACAUGCACUUGUAUAAUUAUUAUCAAGAAAAAUGUUUGUUUAAAAAAGAAAAAGAAAAAAAAAAGCCAGCUUGAUUUUAACAACUGAUGUUUCUUUCAAACCUACUGUGGUUUUCAGUGGCACACGCAUUGGAGCCGCUGUAGUUCUGUUUAAAGACUUAUUCAGAGUACUAAUAUUUUCAUGCAUGUGAUUCACUUUAUUUUGAUUUUUCUAUACAGCAUAACACACAAGAGAUGGGGAGAUGAUGUUCUGUAUGUACACUCACAGCCUUGCUAAUGCUCACGUUUUUUUUUUUUUUUUUUUUAUGAAAGAUGACAGUAUCACAACACCAUUGUUCAGCUUCACUAAAAUACACUGUGUCCCAUUACAUCCCAGUGCUGGGUUCCCCAUGCAUUUACAGAUACAGCUGAAAUCCGAACGCUCACCGGUAUGCGUCAUGUUGAUUGACGUGAUGCACUUUUAACUGUUCUCAUGUGUAUUGGAUCUAAGAUGUAGAAGUCUUUCUGUCAGCCUGUCAUUUGUAAUCAUUCUAGCAGUGUAUUACUACUUUUCAAGGCUGCUGUGGUUUUGGGGGCAAUUUUACUUUGGUUUUGGUGCAUUGAGAAAUCACCCAAGCAUUCAUGGAUGAUAGAUCUGGUAACAAACAUAUGGAAAAAACAAACAUACACUGGAUGAUCAAAUUAAUUAUUUAAGCUUAUAAUAAAUUGUGUUCAAAUCCUCA